AUGAUUUUUGCGCUCUGCUUCUAUUCGGCCAUGUUUGUUGUCGGAAUCGCGAUACCGCGAGAGAGCUGCCAUGGCGAUCUGAAUCGCGGCCAUUGGCGAUGCUCAAAUCGCACGCGAGCAAUUAAGUAUUAUUUUGACAAGGAACUCGAUACAUGCCUUCCAUUCCUUUAUGAAGGAUGCGGCGGCGGCGCGAACCAUUGGAAUGACGUCGAGUUUUGUAUACAAAGGUGUAAACCAGCAGACCGCGGAACUUGUGGAGGCGGGGCUCGAGCUCUAGCGUCGUGCUCAACAAGGAACAGGAGAUGCCCAUUGGGCUCCAGCUGCUAUAUCAUGGCGUUUGGCAAUGGGCUUUGCUGUAACGAUCGAAUUCAACAAGCUUGGAGGAAGGAGCAUCACCCGAAGUGUCUUGAUAGCGGCUUUACCGUGGUCACCGAACCGGUAUGGUAUGGCGAGCAGCCGCUUCUUGGGAAAAGCUGUGAGCACAAAUUUUGCCCGUUUGGUUCAAAGUGCGUUCCGGGCAGAUGGCUCGCACACUGCUGCCAGCCCAUAAAAUCGCGUUGA